CUGCGCCAACGCGUCGCGGGUCGGACAAUGGUCGAACCAAACGCAUCUGGAGAGUAAAAAUCGGAGAGAAAGCAGGCUGGUGUCUCUCCAUCCCCUCUUCUGCUGUUGCGGCGGCCGCCCCUUGUCGCCGGCGAGUCGAAAACCUGAGGCAAAAAUCAAGGGGGAGGGAUAAAACAAAAGUACCAGACUGUGGUGUGUGGGCAGAUAAAUAAAGGAAUAGAUCAAAAGUAGAGCCUUUUGGUUUUACCCUGCUUCUACUGCAAACAACCAUCCAUCAUCAUGUGGCAAAGCUGCCCAGAUCAAUGAUAGAUCAGGCCAGAGCUAGCGAGGGCAGAUCAAAAUUGCUAGGGUGACAAAAGGGGCGGGUACAGGAUUUACAUCGGUGAAGUUCAUCAUACUUGCAGGAGCCAUGCCUAAAGAUUACCCCGCAUCUCCUAAAGCCCAGCACCUGCAGGAAUCCAAGAAGCAUCGUCUUACCUAUAUUCUAGUGGUCAGCAGCCUCUGCGUCGCCUUCUAUGUCCUUGGCGCAUGGCAGAACACCACCAUGCCGAAGCCCGUGGGCAAUUCGGCAAUCGCCCGAGUUGACUGUGAUCCCACAGCUCAGAGAGACAGCUCGGUGCCAUCUUUUGGGUCUGCAUCUGAGACUGUGCUCGACUUUGAUGCACACCACCAGUUGAACCUCACUGACACGGAGGCUGUGGUCCAGCAGUUCCCAGCGUGCUCACUCAAUUUCAGUGAGUACACACCAUGCGAGGACCGGAAGCGAGGCCGGCGGUUCGAACGGGAGAUGCUGGCAUACCGAGAGCGCCACUGCCCGGGCAAGGAUGAGGAGAUCCAGUGCCUCAUUCCCGCGCCACCAAAGUACAAGAACCCCUUCAAGUGGCCACAGAGUAGGGACUUUGCUUGGUUUGACAAUAUCCCUCACAAGGAGCUCAGUAUCGAGAAGGCUGUGCAGAACUGGAUCCAGGUGGAGGGCAACAAGUUCCGGUUCCCUGGUGGUGGCACGAUGUUUCCACAUGGUGCCGAUGCUUACAUUGAUGAUAUUGCUAAGCUCAUCUCAUUGUCGGACGGGAAGAUCAGGACGGCGAUCGAUACGGGCUGUGGGGUUGCUAGCUGGGGGGCUUACUUGCUGAAGAGAAACAUCAUUGCCAUGUCGUUCGCACCGAGGGACACACACGAAGCUCAGGUGCAAUUUGCACUGGAACGCGGUGUCCCUGCUAUCAUCGGCGUGAUGGGAACGCAAAGGUUGCCUUACCCAUCUAGGGCAUUUGAUAUGGCACAUUGCUCACGCUGUUUGAUUCCUUGGGGAGCUUAUGUAAAUUUUUCUAUAGAUGGACUGUACCUAGCCGAAGUCGAUAGAAUUCUAAGGCCAGGAGGCUACUGGAUUCUCUCUGGCCCUCCAAUCAACUGGAAGACGCAUCAGCAGGGUUGGCAAAGGACCAAGGAAGAUCUCAAGCAAGAGCAAGACAAGAUUGAGAAUGUCGCAAGGAGCCUUUGCUGGAGCAAGGUAGUUGAGAAGAGAGAUCUCUCCAUCUGGCAGAAGCCUAAGAACCACCUUGAGUGUGCCAACAUAAAAAAGAAGUAUAAGAUACCCCAUAUCUGCAAGAGUGACAAUCCUGAUGCUGCCUGGUACAAGAAGAUGGAGGCAUGUGUUACUCCCCUGCCUGAAGUUAGCAACCAGGGAUCAAUCGCUGGUGGAGAGGUAGAGAGAUGGCCAGAGAGGGCGUUCACAGUUCCCCCAAGGGUUAAGAGGGGUACAAUUCCAGGGAUAGAUGUAAAGAAGUUUGUGGAGGACAAAAAGCUUUCGGAAAAGAGGUUGGCAUACUACAAACGCACCACACCCAUAGCAGAGGGGAGGUACAGAAAUGUGAUGGACAUGAAUGCAAACUUGGGUGGUUUUGCUGCUUCCUUAGUUAAGUACCCUGUUUGGGUGAUGAACGUCAUUCCAGUUAAUUCAGAUAAAGACACCCUUGGAGCAAUUUAUGAGCGAGGAUUUAUUGGCACAUACCAGGACUGGUGUGAAGCUUUCUCGACGUAUCCCAGAACCUACGACCUUUUGCAUGCUGACAAUUUGUUUAGCAUCUACCAAGACAGAUGCGAUAUAACCAACAUCCUCCUGGAGAUGGAUAGGAUACUGAGGCCCGAGGGCACGGCCAUCAUCCGCGACACGGUAGAUGUCCUCACCAAGGUCCAGGCCAUAACCAAGCGGAUGCGAUGGGAGAGCCGCAUCCUUGACCACGAGGACGGGCCCUUCAACCCGGAGAAGGUCCUCGUAGCGGUCAAGACAUACUGGACAGCCGACCCGUCUGAGCACAGCUAGCUCUCUGAACAUUGAAACGGCGGCUCGUGUGUUAUGAUGGCGUCGUAGUUUCGCCAUUUCAGUGUAGUAGUAUCAGGUCGCAUGUUUCUUUCUCUUUUUUUUGUCUAAUUCUUUGUAGUUUCAAUCAGAAUGAAAAAAGAGUUAAGAGAGGGUUUUGGGGUUGGGCAUGGGCUUGGUGGGUGAUACUGAUAUUGUGAUACAGGAGUUUUCUGCAGGCAGGGUUAAAAGAGAAGUGCAGAUCUUGCAUAGGUUUCUUGUUCCCAUCCCAGUUUCACGCAUCGAGGGUAGAGCAUAGAUUUCUUUGGCUUGUAAUAUGAUGGCUAUAUGUUUUUCUAGAAUACAAUAUGAUGGCUAUAUGUUGAGCUUAACUGGAAUGUGUAUUUAUUGAGUUUGCUUACGUA